AUGGCAGAGAUCCAUCUUGCUUCAAGUUUAUUGAUGAUAAAAUAUUUUAAGAUAUCUUGAUUGAAAAAUAUUAGUUUAAGAACUUCAACUAUCUUCAUUGAUAAAAUUACUAAUUUCUUAAUCCCAAACCUAUCUUCUCACACACAUCUAAAUUCUAAUUUUUAACUCUAAAACCUACUUACCCUACCUUCUCCACCAGACUAACCCUAUACUCCAUUGUUUUGUUCAUCACAUCUCUGACCACAUUUCAUUCUCGGAGGCAAUCUCUGAAUAAAACUCAUUGUUAAAUUAACAAAUGUAGUACAAAAUCUGAGUAACUUUUAAAAAUCGAAAUAUUAAAAACAGUUGACAAGAAAUGUAUAAAUAUGGUAGCAUGAAGAUCCUAGUCUUAGUCUAAGAGGAACUUUAAUUGCUGUUCUAAUGCCUUGUUAUUAGGAGAGGAAAUGUUUCUGAUUGAAGUGAAGUCGUAAGUGUUUUUAGAGUAGAGAUAGCUUCUUAUAAAUUCAUUCACUUGAAAUACAAUGGGUAAUUUUAGAUUAUCCCAAAACGUUGGACCAAUCUAACCUGGGAGGUUAAAUCCAGGUUCUCUGAUAGUCUUUAGAAGGCUUCAAAACUGUAAUAAUUAAUAGGUAUAGAUUCUUUCUUUAUUGAACCUUCAGAGAAAUAACUUCUAGAGUCUGAGUGAAGCUAAAAAGUACAUGAAAAAGCACCACAAAAUAGAAUUUAAUCUUCCUAUAUACCAUAAUAUUCUGUAUCAUUGCCGACUAAAAAGCAGAAUCUAGGCGCCAUCAAACUUUU